UAUUGGCAAUGGCUAAAAUAAUUGAUCAUACUGAUUUUGAAGUCCCUAUCCUUAAGGAUUUGCAACUGGUCAAUUUGAUGGAGUACAAUCCGGAUACAAAAACAAUGCAAACGCCAUCAACAAUUGGCUAUUAUCGUCAGCCUAAGGAAAGUGAAUAUCCAUUGGACUUGGCCAAGGGUUGGGAGCAUUAUAUACACCGUGAUUGGGCUGAUCACAGUGAUAGCCCACAUGACAGAGUCCUGCAUUAUCUAAAGCACCAGGAAAGUCCUAGGGCUUUUAUGAAACAAAUUGAUUUCUGUCUUAAUCGUCAGACAAUGAUUGCAAUUGUGGAAAAACAACAAAAACAUUUUGUAGCUGUUCGCUUCAACGAAUGCAUUUUCCUGCACUUGAUCACAGACCGUAUUGAGGACUACGUCAGAGAAUCAGAGCCAAGACCGCAAAGAAUUACUUAUCCAUUCAAGGCUCGACAGUAUUUAUUUGCUGAUGCUCCUGACUCCACUCCAAAUACCGAUGUGCCCGUAAAUGAGAACAGACAGAUCUACGGAAUUCUGACGGCCAAAUUAGGUAACUUCAGGCUUAUGUAUUCGGGUGAGAUUGCCGGCGUGGAGAAUACCGAACCCCUUGGGGACUUAAACGAUCCAGAAGUUCUGAAACAAUGUCGUUUGGCAUCGGUCAGGGUUUUACUUGACAAUUCCGAAUGGCGCUUUAAAAGAAAGAUCACUAAGUGGCUAAUUCAAGCCCAUUUAUCUGGGAUCCAGCAAUUUCGCGUUGCUCUUUUUAAUGACGACGGUUUGGUGACCAAGCCUAUCGAUGGCGAGGGUCGUAAUCAACUUGAUCGGCUAAACAAAUUUGAUAUGGCAAAGCGGUAUCAAACUCUCCACCAUUUUCUUCAUGAGGUCACUAAGUACGUGGGUGACACUGACUGUCCCCAUACAAUCCAUGAGUUCACUGUAGACAAGCAGUCCCUUGUCUAUAAUGGGAUGAAGCAUAAGACCAAUAGCAGCCUUACUGAAGAGUUUAUAAGGUUUGCCAAUCCAAUGGACUUAAAUGCACCAUGCUAGACAUCGACACGUUCAAUUGUUUUUCUUUCUAAUAAAAAGAGAUCCUUGUAAGAACUUA